AUGGAGCUGACCAUCUUCCUCCAGAACAACAAAGACAUGUUCGCGUGGUCACCAUCUGACAUGCCUGGCAUUGACCCAAAUAUCAUCUGCCAUCGGCUCCAUGUCAACCCUGCUAGCAAGCCCGUGGUGCAGAAGAGACGCAACUUUGCUCCCGAGCGGGUCGCGAUCAUUGAAGCCGAGAUCGACAAGCUCCUAGCUGCCGGUUUCAUUGAAGAGGUCUCCUACUCGGAAUGGCUGGCUAACGUUGUUCUGGUGGCGAAACAAGAAAAGGGAAAAUGGAGAGUAUGCGUUGAUUACACCGACCUCAACAAAGCAUGCCCUAAAGACAACUUCCCAUUGCCGAGAAUCGACCAGCUCGUGGAUUCAACUUCCGGCAACCAGCUGCUCAGCUUCAUGGAUGCUUACUCCGGCUAUAAUCAAAUUAUGAUGUACGAUGAUGACAAGGCGAAGACCUCUUUCAUCAUCGAAAGAGGGACCUACUGCUACAAGGUCAUGCCCUUUGGGCUGAAGAACGCUGGAGCAACCUACCAAAGGCUCGUGAAUAAAAUUUUCAAGGAGCAGAUCGGCAGAACCAUGGAGGUGUACGUGGACGAUAUGCUGGUUAAAGCCCCCAAGCGGGCAGACCACCUCAAAAACCUCACCGAGGCGUUCAGCCUACUCCGCCAAUAUCGCAUGAAGCUGAAUCCAAGUAAAUGCACGUUCGGUGUAUCGUCUGGCCGGUUCCUAGGGUACUUAGUGACGCAACGAGGUAUCGAGGCACACCCGCGCCAAAUCAAAGCCAUUCUCGAGAUGAAGUCGCCUUCCACAGUGAAGGAAAUACAAAGCUUGACGGGCAGAGCAGCGGCCCUUAACAGAUUCCUCUCAAAUUCUACCGACAAGUGCAGACCAUUCUUCAAAGCUUUGAAGAAAGAACAAAAAGACAAAUGGAACGAAGAGUGCGAAGUAGCUUUCGAAUCUAAAGACCUACUUUACUUCACCUCCCUUGCUCUCAAAGCCAGUUCCUGGUGA